UACCUACCUACCUACCAACCAACACCAUCUCCAAAACUCUCCAUUUGACAGCUCAGACCUCAGGGAGAACUCCACUGCGCGAUCCAGAUCUGUAAAGUUGAGAAUCUGAGAAGAGGGAACAAAAAUGCUAUCAUCAACUUCAUUACUUCGACAAUCCACAUCAACCUUCCGACCUCGAUCUCUUCCCAAAUCCAACCUUCUCCGAUCUCAUCCUUCCACUUCCAACCCAUCACCUCUCAAUGCAAUCUCACAAAGAACAAACCUCAUACGUUCAUUAGCGACCGUUGCUGAUCCACCCGUCAGACAUUAUGGUGGUCUUAAAGAUCAAGAUCGGAUCUUCACAAAUCUUUAUUGCAGACAUGAUCAUGGGAUAAAAGGUGCUAGAUCUAGAGGAGAUUGGCAUAAGACUAAAGAGAUCUUGUUAAAAGGUGAUUCUUGGUUGAUUCAACAGAUUAAAGAUUCCGGUUUGAGAGGUAGAGGUGGUGCUGGUUUUCCCAGUGGUUUAAAGUGGAGUUUUAUGAACAAACCUGGAUGGGAAAAAGAUCCGAGACCGAGAUAUCUUGUUGUCAAUGCAGAUGAGGGUGAACCGGGGACAUGUAAAGAUAGAGAGAUCAUGCGUGGUGAUCCUCAUAAACUGGUGGAAGGGUGUUUGGUAGCGGGUAGAGCUAUGAAUGCUACAGCUGCGUACAUCUACAUCCGAGGUGAAUUCUACCAAGAAGCAUCACACGUCCAACAAGCCAUCGAUGAAGCCUACAAAGCUGGCUUGAUAGGGAAAAACGCCUGCGGAUCAGGAUACGAUUUUGACGUUUAUCUUCAUCGUGGUGCUGGUGCCUACAUUUGUGGAGAAGAAACAGCUUUAAUAGAAUCAUUAGAAGGGAAACAAGGUAAACCUAGACUCAAACCUCCUUUCCCAGCCGACGUUGGAUUAUUCGGUUGUCCAAGUACAGUGGCAAACGUCGAAACAGUCGCUGUGGCACCUACGAUCAUCAGACGUGGAGGUCAAUGGUUUGCUGGAUUUGGAAGAGAACGUAAUCAAGGAACCAAAGUUUUUUGCGUUUCAGGUCAUGUGAAUAAUCCUUGUGUAAUAGAGGAGGAAAUGAGUAUACCAUUACAGGAAUUAUUGGAAAAACAUUGUGGUGGUAUUAGAGGUGGUUGGGAUAAUUUGAAGGGUAUCAUACCUGGUGGUUGUUCUGUACCUGUCAUUCCAAAAGAUGUUUGUGAAAAGGUCUUGAUGGAUUACGAUUCUCUCAAAGAUAAUCAAACUUCUUUAGGAACAGGUGCUGUCAUCGUGAUGGAUAAGUCAACGGAUAUGAUAGCUGCCAUCGCUAGAUUUUCAAAGUUUUACAAACAUGAAUCUUGUGGACAAUGUACGCCUUGUAGAGAAGGUACGACUUGGAUGAUGAAUAUGAUGGAUAGGAUGGUUGAAGGUAGAGCGCAGGAAAGGGAGAUUGAUAUGUUGUUGGAACUCACUAAACAAGUCGAAGGUCACACAAUCUGCGCAUUGGGCGAUGCGGCCGCUUGGCCUAUCCAAGGUCUCAUGAGACAUUUCCGACCGGAAGUAGAAGCUCGUCUAGCUCAAUUCCACGCCAAACACGGUCAAGUGUUAUACGGCGGUAAAUUACUUUCUGACGUAGAUACGAGAUACGCCAUACCUGAUAACCUCGGUGGAGAUGCUCAGAGGAGUAUAGCGGCGGUUUGA